CUUUCGAAAUUAUUUAAAGUACGGGCCACAGCCAUGCUUGCGUAGAAUAAGCUGUAAAAAAAUUGGAGCAAUUGGUAAAUUAAAGGAAAUGUUGGUAAUUUUACUUGUAGCAGUUAUCAGUAUACUUUCUUCACAUGUAAGACUAUUAAAAUCAGAAACUUUCGUCAACUCAGAGGAAGUCAAUAUUGCUGUCGAUGAUCCUUUACCAAAUGUUAUUCCUGGUCUGUUAUACCCGAGAGAAAGCGAAGCACGAGAGAUAAAAUCUCUUGAUGGAUUAUGGGACUUUUUAAUGGGACCUUCAGAAAAUGCUAUGAAAGGAUAUAAUGAAUCUUGGUUUGCACAUGAUUUACGUAAAGUAGGAAAUGUGAUGCAAAUGCCUGUUCCUUCAUCCUAUAACGAUAUUACAACUUCUAGAAAAUUAAGAGAUCACAUUGGUUCUGUUUGGUACGAAAAAAAAUUUUUUGUGCCAAUUUCAUGGCAUGAACAACGAGUUUUUGUCAGAUUUGGUUCUGUGAAUUACCUUUCCCAAGUAUGGGUGAAUGGUGCUUUAGUAACGAACCACGAGAUGGGUCACUUACCAUUUGAAGCUGAAAUCACUUCCUUUUUAAUUUAUGGAGGAAAAAACAAAAUUACAGUAGUUGUUGAUAAUACUCUGCUGCAGACAAGUGUUCCUCAAGGGAAAAUUGUUGACUCUUCUUCAGACUAUGGCUCAGUUAAAGUACAAACGUACACUUUUGACUUCUUUAAUUACGCAGGAAUUCACAGGCCAGUAUUAUUACACACAAAGCCACGGGUAUAUAUUGAAGAUAUAACAGUAAAGACAGGAAUAGUAGGACAAAUGGGAAUUGUAAAAUAUGUUAUUAAGGCAACUGGGAUGAAAGAGAAAGAAAUGACUGCCUGCAGAGUUAGACUUUUAGAUGCAGAAAAUUCAUUAGCAAUCAAGGAACCAGUUUAUGAAAUGAAGGGUACUUUAAAAGUAUCUCAUGCAAAACUUUGGUGGCCUAUAAAUAUGGAUUCAAAUCCGGGAUAUUUAUACACUUUAGAGGUUACUUUAUCUGUUCCAAAUAACACAAAGUCAGAUAUUUACAGGUUACCCGUUGGUAUUAGAACUUUACAGUGGACCAAUACUAGUCUUCUUCUAAAUAAUAAGAAAUUAUAUCUUCGCGGAUUUGGUAGACAUGAAGAUUCAGCUAUAAGAGGACGUGGACUUGAUUUAGUAACAAUGACCAGAGAUUAUGAACUGCUACAAUGGAUUGGUGCUAAUGCUUACAGAACGAGUCAUUAUCCUUAUAGUGACGAAGUAAUGGAUAUGGCAGACAGGCGAGGUUUUCUGAUUAUAGACGAAUGUCCAUCUGUUGAUACGGAAAACUUUUCAUCAACGUUACUGCAAAGGCAUAAAGAUUCUUUAACUCAGCUUAUUAGAAGAGACAAGAAUCGACCAUCAGUAAUAGCCUGGUCUAUUGCUAAUGAACCUAGGACACAAUUAGCCGGUUCUGGUAGUUACUUUCAAGAAGUCGCUCGUCACACCAAAGUUUUAGAUUCGUCUAGACCGAUUACAAUUGCCCUUGCUAGAGGAGUUGAUGAAGAUAAAGCUGGUGAAUUUUUGGACAUUAUUAGCUUCAACAGAUAUAAUUCUUGGUAUCAUAAUUCUGGAAGAAUUGACAUGAUAACGCAGAAGGUAAUAUCAGAAGCUGAGGCUUGGCAUCGCAAAUACAAUAAACCGGUCUUGAUGUCGGAGUACGGUGCAGAUACAAUGCCUGGAUUACAUGAGUUACCGGGAUAUGUUUGGAGUGAAGAAUAUCAAGUAGAGGUCUUUUCUAAACAUUUUGAAGCUUUUGAUAAACUAAGAGCAAAAGGUUUCUUCAUUGGUGAAUUCAUAUGGAAUUUUGCUGAUUUCCGCACAGCACAAAUGUAAGAAACCAUUAAAUUGCAACAAAUAAACCAGGUAAGUAUAUUCCGAC